ACGUAGUCGCGUGAUAUCAAGCGAGGUUUUUCAUAGCGUCUGUUGUUGUACCAAAUCCCAGGAGAAAUCAACGCAAAAUACAGCUAAAAGUCGAUUAUUUUAAAAAAUGGAGACUUAUCACAACUUCCUAGAAAAAGUUUGCACCUUAACUGGAUUUUCUACAGACCAGAUAAUUUUUGUUUCUAGUGUUUUUCUCUGUGUGCCUUUUGGAGCGUUCUACAGAAAAGUUCUUCAUCCGUCGCGCGUUUCAAGCAAAACCCGACAGACUGUUGGACUUUUGGCGGGAUUGUUUCUAUCCUGGCUGAGUUUUAAAUGGCAAACCUUAAUUAUGGCUGGCGUGACAGCAUUGUGUUAUGUACUAACUGUUAUUAUAAACCCAAAACUAGUACACAGAUAUGUUUCUUUGGUUGCCAUGGGGAUCCUGUCGGCAGCGCAUCUCUAUCGUCAGAUAACAGAUUAUGGAAGUUAUGUGUUGGAUUAUACAGGACCUCUCAUGAUUAUCACCCAGAAGAUCAUCUAUGUGGCAUUCAGUGUACAUGAUGGCAUGGGCAGAGAUGAGUCAAACUUGAAUGCAGAGCAGAAAAAAGAAAAAUUAAAAAAGGUUCCAAGUCCUUUAGAGUACUUUGGCUAUGUAUUUCACUACAGCAAUAUUCUGAUUGGGCCCGUAGGCACGUACCACGAGUACACAGACUUUAUCACCGGGACUGUAUUUAACACAAAGGGUGAUGAACCAGCUGACCCAUCUCCCUUGAAAGCCACCGUUGAAAAGCUGUCUAGCGCUGUCCUGUGUGUGGUGGUUUUCGUGGUCGCUUCUCCGCGCUUCCCGGUUGCCUCCAAUGCGGAUCCCUAUUUUAUAGACAAUACACCCUUCAUAUACAGACUGAUUUACGCCUGGCUGUCAAUAGUCGCGACAAGAAUGCGAUAUUACUUCGCCUUCAAAGCCGGCGAGGCAAUCAAUAACAUCUGCGGACUGGGCUUCGGCGGCUACGACGAGGAAGGGAAUCCAUCAUGGAACAAAAUGUCAAAUGCUAAUAUCACAAAGCUAGAGCUUGCACAAAAUAUGAAAAUGCUGCUGGAUAAUUGGAAUAUUUCCACAGCGGUGUGGCUUAGAAGGAUUGUAUACGACCGCGUGACAUCUCAUCGGACUCUGGCAACGUUCCUUUUGUCCGCUUUCUGGCACGGCUUUUACGGCGGCUACUACCUCACUUUCAUUACCUGUCAAAUCUUAGUGGAGGCGGCACGAGUGGCGCGUCGAACUCUUCGAGAGCAUUUCCAGGGAUCAAAAAUGACAUCACGUUUCUACGACGUCAUUACGUGUGUUGUAACCAUGGUAUUCGUGACGUAUGCGACGGUACCGUUUGUGUUGUUAGAUCCAUGGAAAGGCCUGCGAUUUUGGAGGUCCCUUUAUUUCUUCGGUCACAUUGGAAGCCUUCUAGCGCUACUGGUACUCCGGGGAAAACCCUCACGGCCACAACCCAAACCAACCAAUCAAGACGCGAACAGAAACGGAAUUUUGACGUCAAUGACAUGCGCAGUGAAAAACCUCAAUCCGCGCGAGGGAAGCUAAAAGAUGCUAUACCUCUUCGGUUACAUUGCAAGCCUUCUAGCGCUAAAGGUGUUGCGAGGGAAACCCUCCUGUCCACACGUUAAAGCAGGCAAUCAGGACGCGAACAUUGUCAUUGACAUAUGUACAGGGAACAGUCUUAAAGCAGGGAGAUGACUAAAGAUCAAAAUUAUCAGUCAGAAUUAUAUAAAGGAAAACAUUAGCUGUCAUUAGCCUUUAACGGUUUGGCCUCAUUUAGAAUAAUAAGCAUUUAAUAAAAGAGUUUCUUGUUUAUUAACUUAUAUUAUUAAAGGGUUUCCCCUGGUAAAUCGACUAGGUAGAACUCUAUUUUCUUACUGUUAUUUUAUAUUAUAGCAUUUGUAAAGGUUUUUAUAACUUAAAUUAUUAGUGCACAUCGACCCUCUAGUCAAUGUUUUUGCUUGUUAUGUAUUUCAUUGAAAAAACAUCUAGUUGGUAUACAGCGAGCACUCAACUGCUUAAACAAUAGGACCACGGACACUUAGUUAAUUAUCAGGACCAAAAAAUAAUAUAUUUGAACGUUGAGGGAAUGAUUAAAAGAGUAAUUAUUUAAUUGAUAUAUGAAAAGUAUGAAUUAGCUUAGUUUAAAAUACUGCUUAAAAGAAAUAAUAGGCAAUUAUAUUUAAGAUAUCCAAUUUUUUCUCAAGUUUUACAAAUAAAACUCUUUUCAGAAUC